AAGUAGUACCUCCACUUAUAAUGCUUCAAGUAGCUCCGUAAACCGUUUUUCAGACACCUAUACCAACACAUCCUACUCCACAAACAACACAACAGCAUUUUCAUCAAACAAGACCUACAUGAACGACAGCACAAAUGACAACAGAGAUAGUUCGAAAAGGCAGUCUGAGGUUCUUGACACCAUCGAUUUGACAGACAGUCAGCCUAAGCGAUUCAAAUCUUCUACGUUAGACGAAGAAGCUUUCUUUGAAGAUAUUGAACCUAUCGCAUUGGAUAAUUUCAUGGACGAGUUUGGAAACGAUGAUGAUUUCGGUCCUGAUGACUUUGUAUCUCAUCCUGCACCACCACAAACCUCUGCUUUCACUGUUGAUAAUGAUUUCGUGAUGGAAAUGGAGCCUACCAGUAGCUUGUCAAAGCAGGAAAUCAACAAACAAUUGUCGCAGCUGAAAGAGGAUUUAAAUGUCUGCAAUAACGAUAUUGUCGAAAAUAUGGUAAACAAGGCUGGAAAUCUACGAAAGACUCUGGUAGCCAAAAGAGAACGUCUCACAAAGGAAAAAUCACGUCUUGAAAAGAUGCUUGCUGAUAUGGAUUCUCCUGCUACUAUCCUCGUCUUGGAUGAGGAUGAGAAUGAUAGUGAAAAGGUCGAAGUCUCUCCAUUUUUCUCUAGACCAUCUGCUCCAGCAGCAUCAGCACCAGCACCACCAGCACCAGCACCAGCACCACCAGCACUACCACCACAGUCGAAAUCAUCUAUUGUUAGUGCUACUUUACCGUCCCAAUCUACACAACCUACUUAUGGUUGGAGUAGAGAUGUACGAAAGGCAUUAAUUCAAGUAUUCAACUUACGUGAAUUCAGAACCAACCAAUUGGAGGCUAUCAAUACCACCAUAAAGGGCGAGGAUGUAUUUGUUUUGAUGCCUACGGGAGGAGGUAAAAGUCUUUGUUAUCAAUUACCUGCCAUCAUUCCAAAUUCCCCUCGACCUGGUAUUACAUUUGUCGUUUCCCCGCUUUUAUCCUUAAUGCAAGAUCAAGUAGAGCAACUUGUAACGAAAAGAGGUGUUCGUGCCAGGAUGCUAAACAGUACGAUGGAUGUCAGAUCGAGAAAGGAGGUAUUUGACGAUAUCAAUGCUCAAAAUCCUGAAACUCGCAUCUUGUACAUUACACCCGAAUUACUGGAUAAAUCGAAUCAGUUGAGGUCUGCCUUGACAAGUCUCAACGGAAGACAUAAAUUGGCUCGCUUUGUGAUUGAUGAAGCACAUUGUGUGUCGCAAUGGGGCCAUGACUUUAGACCAAGCUAUAAAUUAUUAGGCACGCUCAGAGAUGAUUACCCUGAUGUACCCAUCAUGGCUUUAACAGCCACCGCCAAUGAACCUGUCCAAAAAGAUGUUUUGCAUAAUUUACGUAUGCAUAAUUGUAAAGUGCUCAAGCAAAGUUUUAACAGACCAAAUUUAUUGUACGAAAUUGUUCCCAAAGGAGGUAAAAAAGCUCUGGAGGAUAUUAGUAUCUUUAUCAAACAACGUCGCAAUCAAUCGGGUAUCAUCUAUUGUUGUACAAAGAAGGAUUGUGAAAAAGUAGCGGAAGAAUUACGAAAUAAUCAUCAAGUCUCUAUCCAACAUUAUCAUGCUGCUUUAGAACCUGCCGAAAGAAGUCUCGUUCAACGUAAUUGGCAAUCCGGUGCAGUUCAAGUCAUUGCUGCUACCAUUGCUUUUGGUAUGGGUAUCGAUAAGUCAGAUGUACGGUUCGUACUCCAUUACUCUGUUCCUUCUUCCCUUGAGGGCUUCUAUCAAGAAACAGGUCGCGCUGGUCGUGAUGGCAAUCCCUCUAUCUGUAGACUCUAUUAUUCUUUUGGCGAUACCCGAACACAUAACUUUCUCAUCGAUAAAGGCGAUGGCAAUUUUGAGCAAAAACAACGUCAACGUGCCAAUUUAACCAUCAUGACAAAAUUCUGUGAUAACGAAGUAGAUUGUCGUCGUAAACAAAUCAUGGGUUACUUUGGGGAAUCGUUUACAGCGGCUGCAUGUAAGAAGAUGUGCGAUAAUUGUAUUCGAAAUGCAGAUUCUCCUUGUACGUUUAAAGACAUGUCGGAUGAUGCCAUUCGUAUUAUUCAAAUGGUGGAAGCCUUGGGCGGAGAGGCCAUCACAUUGGCUCAGUUGGUAGACAUCUAUCGUGGCAUGAAGAAUAAAAGAAUUAUGGAACACGGUCAUGAUCAUUUACCCGGCUAUGGUAGAGGCAAGGAUUUAAGCAAGCAGGACAUCGAUCGUCUACUACGAGCUCUUGUAAAUGAGGGCGCCCUAAAAGAAAAAUAUACCAUGUCUCGUGCUGGAUAUCCUACAUCCGAAGUUCAAAUUGCUUCCAAGGCUCCGUCUGUUAUAAACGGAUCUAAAAAAAUUACGAUCAGUUUCCGGGCAAACGGAUCACGAAAUACAUCUAUACCACAUCACAUGAAUACAGGGUUUGUUACAGCCACCAGCAUGAUGUCUAGUGGCAAUAGUAGUAGCGGUAGUAGCAGUGGUAGUAGCAUUAAUGGCAAUGCAAGAAGUUUUACCAACGCCAUUAAUAAUUUUUCACAGCCUAGGCCUGCUGCACCGCCUACUGGCAGAGUGCUGCCUAACAUAUCGUUAGGGGCUACUCGACCUAUCGCACAAAAAUCAAGCAAGCAAAUGGAAAUGUACCGACAAUGCUAUAAAGAAUUAGAAGCGGAAAGAAUGGCACUAAUGCAUAAAUACAAUAUUCGCGCUUCAGCCCAAAUUGCUACGAAUGCUUCGUUUCAAACCAUUGUAAGUAUUUUUACUUGUAAAAAAAAAAGUUAUAUCGGCUAUCACAAGGAGAGAACUGAACAUGGUAACAAACUGGCCUGAAGAAACUUUUGAUACCUUUGGAAGCCGAUUUUUAGAAAUUUCAAAGAAAUAUCAUGCUUUAAAAAAUCCUUAGCCCUAAUCCGCCCACCCCCUCCUUCCACACAUGUAGAUUUUUCCAAG